AAUCGGAAUUUGUCAGUGGUAAUUUUGUCAGCCCCGGGGAAAGGACCGUUUCUACAACCUUCAGCAACACUUCUUACCCUGGGGGUGACAAAUAGGACUAUUGAUAUUGCCCUUGUACCACUUGGGAACUGUGCAUUGACUGAUCAUCAGAUUCUCCGUAAGAUACUUAGAAGGAAGUGAGAUGUGAAAGCCAGCAACAUGCCGAAAAGAUUAAUACGAUCUCGGUAGAAUGCAGACAUUGUAAUAAAGUUGAUAUCCGCAGGAAGGGGGAAGUUUUAGACUUUGCUAAAUAGUAUAUACAUAUACUUAACAAAAUUUAACAACCUUGUUUUUAAACAUUAAAUAUUUCAUCAAAUGUGUAUGGUAUGGAAAAUGUAUGCAAACAAAUACUUAGCUGUGUUAUGAUAAUUGGAAUAUUGAAAUAUAACAAGAUAUAGCAAUGGACAACAAAACAGGAGAGCGUCAUCCUAACCAUGAGCGGACACCUUCUAAUCGAUCACGUGGUCUUAGAAAAAACCGCAUCAGAUUCACCGAGGUCGUCACGAUGCUGAGGGACAAACAGAAGCUGCAGGAGCAGGCACCGACUGUGUGGGAUCGAUCCCUGUUCAUAUUCAAGAGGAAGAACUGGAUUCGAAGAGUGGCCACCUACAUUACAGAUAGUAAAUUUUUUGAAAUUUUCAUGAUCCUCACCAUAAUAGCGAAUUGUAUUGUGCUUGCACUGGAAGAACAUUUGCCGAACAACGACGAAAAUGCAAUGACACAAAAACUGAUGAAAUCAGAAAUCUUCUUUUUGGCAAUAUACUUUACUGAAGCUGUCCUGAAAAUCACAUCCAAGGGAUUUUUCUUCGGAAAAGGCGCAUAUUUAAAAGACAACUGGAACAAACUGGACUUGUUUGUCGUUGUAGCGGGGUUCGUUGAGUAUUUCAUGAGUAAUCUCAUCAAUAAUGUCGACCUCACACUUCUAAGAAUGGCAAGAGUGUUCCGGGCGCUCAAGCUGAUAUCUGGAAUCCCACACAUGAAGUUGGUUGCAACGACCAUCCUGCGAUCGGUCUCUAGUCUGUUACCGGUCCUAUUUUUAGUCAACCUCUCCGUGUUGAUUUUUGCGAUUCUCGGCAUGGAUUACUACAUGGGGGCAUUCAACAGGGCUUGUUUUGAAUCUGAACAAAUGUUCUGUAAUAGAGAAAGGGCAUGCCGCUACGAGAUGGCGGACGAACGACCGUGUCAGACGGAUACAGACGGAAGUGGUUACCACUGCUCAGGAAACACCACUUGUAGACGGUACUGGAAGGGACCAAACGAUGGAAUCACCAGCUUUAACAACAUUGGUUUGGCCUUACUGACGGUGUUCCAAUGUCUAACCAUGGAAGGAUGGACAGACGUCUAUUACUUGGCUAACGACGCUAAAGGAGUUUGGUUGAACUGGCUUUACUUUGUCCCUCUUGUGAUGUUCUGUGCGUUUUUUAUGAUGAACCUCGUUCUUGGGAUUCUCAAAGGGGUUUUCACUAGAGAACGAGAAAAGAUGCAACUAGAAAAAGAGAUAGCAAUGAAUGACGGUGUUAUGAAUAAGACUGCGAUUCGAAACUACUUCCAGUGGAUUAACAAAGGAGAAAAAAGUAUCUACGAGGAAAGUCGCUCAGAAGCUGAAGAUGCAGGAAAAGAUUGUGACCCGGGAAUGAUAAGAGUUUUGUAUCUAAGAAGAGCGGUGGAAUCAAAAGCAUUCUUUUGGGGCUCAAUGGCGUGUGUGGCAGCCAACACAUUAAUUGCUGCAACUGAACAUUACAACCAACCACAAUGGCUUACUGAUACUCAGUGCAUUCUUGAAAUAUUCUUUGUGGUAUUGUUUGGCAUUGAAGUCUUGAUGAGGAUAAUUGCACAAGGAUAUCGACAAUACUUCUUUUCAAAAAUGAAUGUUUUUGAUUUAUUGGUUUUGAUGGCAAGCGUUGUUGAGCUGAUCAUACGCUCUGGGGUAGGCAAUCAUGGACUUAAGUGUAGUGUCUUCAGAGCCCUAAGAUUGCUGCGAGUGUUCGAAAAAACAAGGUACAAGCGUAAUAUAGACAUCCUAGUCCAGGUGAUGAUUGACAGUAAAUCUUCCGUACUGAGUUUGCUUUUUCUGUUGUUUCUCUUCCUCUUUUUGACCGCUGUUAUUGGGAUGCAACUCUUUGGCGGACGAUUUAACUUUAUAGAGGGCAGACCCGCAGCUCAUUUUGAUACUUUCCCUAAGGCUAUACUGACCGUGUUUCAGAUUGUGACUGGGGAAGACUGGAACUCGGUGAUGUACAACGGAAUCCAAGCUUAUGGAGGAAUUGACGGGAUCGGUGUAUCGGUCGCCCUCUUCUUCGUAGUUGUUGUUCUUUUUGGGAACUACACCCUUUUAAAUGUUUUCUUCGCUAUCGCCGUGGACAGUCUGGCUGAAGCUAAGGAUCGUGAAGAUGAAUCAAUGUCUAAACCUCAGAUAGACCGUAGGGAGCAUGGACAAAAUUCAGUUAAAAGUUGUAUUACUCUUAAAGUGGCAUGCUUGAAUCCCGACAGAUCUCUUUUCCUUUUGAACAAAACGAACAGGUUUCGAAUGCGUGUGAGCAAGGCUGUUAACCACAGACACUUCGAGACACUCGUGAUGGCUUGUAUUGUGCUGAGUAGUAUCACCCUGGCGGCAGAAGAUCCUACAACGGGACAAAACUCCUUGCGUAACCAAAUAUUAUAUUGGGUGGACCUUGUAUUUGCUGUUAUAUUCACAUUGGAAAUGGUGCUAAAAAUCAUUGAUAUGGGUCUCUUGUUGCAUAAAGGAUCUUAUUUAAGAAAUGGUUGGAACUGUAUGGAUUGUGUCAUAGUCGUUGCAUCUUUAGUGUCCUUGUCAAUCAGAAAUCCAGGUGUUAGCUCCAUAAAGAUAUUUAGAAUCCUUCGAGUGUUACGGAUUUUUAGAACAAUCAACAAAUGUCCUGGAUUGAAGUCGGCUUGUGUGAUGUUCAUAAAGUCUAUUAAGAGUGUAGGACCGUUGCUUUUCAUCUACGUUUUGAUGCAAGUGAUAUUUGCCAUCAUGGCAGUGCAGUUAUUACAGGGAAAACUUUUUUACUGCAACGAUUCUACUAAACUCACCCGAGAUCAGUGCAGAGGCCAAUAUAUUGACUAUACUAAAUAUCAAAUGGGGAAGCUAGAGGUAUUAGACCGAGAAUGGCGACGACGUGAUUUCCACUUCGACGAUGUAUUUGAAGCCAUGACAACCCUCUUUGUUAUCACGACCGGAGAAGGAUGGCCGGAUAUUUUUGACUCUGCUGUAUCAAGCGCAGGUGUUGACCAAGGACCAAGCCAGAGCGAAGACAAGCUGAUCGCUAUCUUUUUCGUUGUGUAUAUAGUGAUUGCACCUUUCUUCUUCCUUAAUGUCUUCAUUGCAAUGAUCACUGUGGCAUUUCAAUCAGAGGACGUGAAUAAAAAGAAAAGGAGUGGUUUAACACAACGCCAGGAAAAUUGCAUUCUGUACGUCAUCCGUGCGGAACCAGAUCAUUCACGAUUCAUUCCAAAGGAUGCCUCAUGGAUUCGACAGAAAUUAUGGAGGGUCGUCAUAUCCGAUCGCUUUGAAAACUUGAUUUUACUUUUGGUCGUUCUAAAUACAAUUUGUUUAGGAAUGGAGUAUGAGGACCAACCCCCCACUUACUCGACAGCUUUAUGGUAUUCCAACCUGGCAUUUGUUAUCAUAUUUUUUGUUGAGGCGGCAUUGAAAAUUUUUGUUUUGCGUAAGAAUUACAUCUCAGAUAAUUGGAACAAAAUAGACUUCGUUAUUGUGGUUGGCAGUAUCAUUGAUGUUGUCCUAGAUCUAUUAAAGAUUCAGGGCAUCAACUUUCGAGUGUUCCGGGCGGCUCGAGCAGCAAAAAUCUUAAAGAAGUUCACGUCCUUAAGGUUUCUGUUGUGGAGCUUUUAUCUAUCAAUGAAGUCUCUACCAUACGUGUUUUUUCUAAACAUUCUGUCGUUCUAUGUGUUCGCAGUUCUUGGAAUGCAGAUGUUUGGAAAUAUAAAACUGGAUGAAGAUACCGCCAUUACUCGAUACAACAACUUUGGCAACAUAUUAACGUCACUGCUGGUUUUAUUUAGGUGCGCCACGGGAGAAAACUGGCAAACGGUUAUGUUGGCUUGUUCUGGUAGCCGGCCCUGUGAGGGAGAUAACUCGGACACGUCAUGUGGCUCUGCCUUCGCGACUCUUUACUUCAUUGUGUUCAUUUGUCUGUCUGCAUUUUUGAUGAUGAAUCUAUUCGAGGCAGUCAUUGUAAACAAUUUCGAUUAUCUGCACGCUGACCCUGCUCACUUGGGACCGCAGCAUCUGCACGCUUUCACGGAUAUGUGGCAUAAGUAUGCCAAUUUUCAAGACCCAAUGACACUGGAAGUACGCCAUUUAAAAGAUUUUAUGAAGUCUAUGAAUCCUCCACUUGGUUUUGGAAAUAAAUGUCCGCGCAGACAAUUGCAUAACAAUUUCAUGAAGAUGAAUUUAACUCUAAUGAGAAAAGAAAUAAAUGGUCACGAAACCCUGUAUGUCAAUUUUGUGGAGGUACUAUUUGGCCUUGUAAGAUUGGCACUGGGUUUGAAUACAGGAGAAUGGAAGGAUAAUGCUUACCUUAGAGGAAUAAUUGAAGAACAGAUGAAAGUGGAGAAGACCAGACUUGAUCUGAUGAUUCCAGAGACAGCUGCUGGGAUUGGAUUAAGGGAAUACACAUGCAUUCAAAUAUGGCGGGAGGCUUUAUCGAAGAAGAAGCAGCAACCAGCAGACGACAAUCCAAUGCAAAAGAUCAUCGGUUUUGGAAAGAGCAUUGAAAAAAGAAUCUCAAAAGGUCUACGAGCAUCUAAAAGAAACAGAGCCGCAGCAAGUACCACCAGUAGUUCAGAUAUAGAAACUAAACUCUGAUUAUAGGCUGGUGGGAACAACAGGAAGUGUCUAUAAAAUACAGAAUGAAAAUCAAAGGAAUGAUCCGAGCGAACAAUCCAAAAGGUGCAAAGUAGAAAAUAUGAUAAUUUUUAGAGAUGGCUUUAAAAAACCCUUUGAUUGGUCAUAAACGCUCUUAUAAUUAGAAGAGGUAAGAAGGGGGAACAAUGUUGAUGAACUAUGAGAAAGAAUAUGUUUCAAUAACGUUAAACUCGGUAAUGUAUGCAUCUAUAUAUAAACCAACUAAAGAAAUUAAAGUUGGACUUUUUAUACCAAAGAAUCAUGCGAUUUGUUUAAAUUUAAAAAAAUGACAUUGAGGAACUAGAGGUUCGAUUUUAAAAGAAAUCGGGUUCAGAAUUGUUUUAUUUUUAUAUUGUUUUGUUGAUAUUUUAUUAUCUUUAUUUGUUAUUGUCAGGCUCUUUUAAUUAUAUGACAUAAUAAUGGA